GCUCAUACUGAUCGCAUAUCUUACUGUUAUUACCAUAAAUAGCAGUGAACUGACAAUUUCGCAAAUGUACUAAAACCACUUGGAAUUGCUCCGUUUUACCUUGACCCUUCAAACAUCUGGUACGCACAUUCACCUGUCCAGUAUCACGCUGCUUAGGAGGUUGUGUGCGUGGGGACCGGGAGCGUGAAGCGGCGGCGUGCGACUCUCGGCGUGCGGCGGACUGCAUGGCCGCACAGUCGCUGUGGCCGCUGACCGGGGGUGUUGCAGGCGCCCGCACAGCGGCGUGUGCGAUGCCAGCCAUCCCCCCACCCCACCUCCCCUGCACUGCCGCGGCACGCUGCCCUCAAACCACGUCUGCUACUGGUGCUGGCACUUCCCUGGCGGCAGCGGCGGCGGCGGCGGCAGUCCGGCACAGUGCGGCGUGUGGCGUCAGCUGCAGCCGCAGUGGCAGUAGCAGUAGCAGCAACCGUCAUUGCUUUGCCACGUCGGACCCACACCAGCACUUCUACCAGCACCACCGCCCGCGAGUGCCCCCCGCAUCAUCAUCAGCAGCAGAUGCCGCCCCGACAGCAGCGCAGGACUCGUCCGCUUCCUCCUCCCCCUCUUCCUUCUCCCCCUCUUCCUCCUCCCCCACUUCCUCCUCCGCCUCCCUGCCGCCUCCGGGCCCCGCUGCGGGCCUGUACGACCUGGACGGCGACCCACUGCUGCAGCUGCUGUUCGAGCACGCGGGGCUGCGGGCCCUGGACUUCGCCCCCGCCCUGCCGCACAUGGCAGCCAGCACCCGAUACAUGCAGCUGGAUGCCGCCAACUUCGCGGCGUGGGUGUCGCUCAUGACCGACCUGAGGGUUCAGCGGCCGGCGCUGGUGCUGGCCAGCUGCCCGGCCUUCCUGCUCAUGCGGCUCACGGAGGAGGGGGAGGAGCAGGAGCAGGAGGAGGGGAGCGGCAGUAGCAGCAGUAGCAGCAGCACCACCACUGACAGUGGCAGUGGCAGUGGCAGUGGCAGUGGCAGUAGCGGCGGCUACAGCGCGCUGCUGCUGGCGCCGGGGUGUGGCGGCGGCGGCCCGGACUACGGCGCGGCGGUGUGCCGCUUCGUGGGCCACUGCCGCGAUGUGCUGCUGAUGCGGGAGGAGGCGGUGUGGGGGCUGCUGGCCAGGCUGCCCUCUCUGGCCUGGCUGCACCCGGGUCAGGUGGACGCGGCCAUUGCGGGCCUGGCGCCCGUGCUCAAGGGGGCGGGGCGGGGGCACAGGUUGGGACCGGCGCAGUCCCAGGCUCCCUCCUCAACGGCCUCAAGCUCCGCCCCGCUUCCCUCGACCUCGCCUCCCCCUCCUGCCCCCCCUCCCGCUCCUGCCUCCCCCUCUGCCCACCUGACCGAGGAGGAGGAGCUGGACGCCGCGCUGUACGCCUUCCUGGCCCGCGCCCCCGCAGUGCUGUGCCUCAGCCCACAGCAGCUGGCGGGCGGCAUGAAGGCAGUGGCGGCGGCGGCGGCGGCAGUGGAUGAGGAGGAGGAGGGCGAGGCGGCAUUGGGCUGGGGGCCGCGCGGGCCCAGGUAGGUAGGUGGGGGCAGACCUGGAGGACUCGAGGACUGGAGGACUGGAGGACGGCUGGCGGGUGGUGCCAGGGCGUGUGGUGCCAGGGCGUGUGGUGCCGGCGGCUGGUGCCAGGGCGUGUGGGGGGAGCUGGCUGCACACCUCAUCACCGCGUACACCUGCGGCUGUCCUGGACAACAUUUUUGCAGACUGCUGGGGGGCGCAUGUGGGGGUGGGGCGCAUGUGCUGGAUGGUGGGGCUAAACAUGUGUCGUAGCGCUGUACCGUGACCCGACCCAGCCACUGCGACCCGACUGGCGACUGCGCGUACUAGCGGUCUGCACUGGGCGCCGCCGGCCUAGGGGGGGGAGCGCCGCUACUGGCUGGACAGCGGGGUGCAGGUGUGGGCGCAAAAGCGCAGGAUAGUACAGAGGCGUGUGAGGCGGCGUGUGAGGAGGCCGAGCACGCCGCCGAGCUAUGUACUUUGUUUUCGGGGACCACGCGUCGUCACACCCGGCCCCUGCUGUGCCGCCCGCCGCACAUGGAUGAACACACGCGUCCCCUGGAUACAUGUGUAAACAGCGAGCCAU